ACGCACCCCUCCAGACACCCCACGGCGGGUGCAGAUGGUCUCGCCUGCUCCCCGCAGCUGGGCCCGGGUUGCACCCGACACUGAGCGGCCCGGAAAGGGACGCCCCGGACGAGCCCACAGCGCGGCCUGCGUGGGGGAAGCAAAGGUCGCCCGAGCCCGCCGCCGCCUCCUCCCCGGGCAAGGCAAGGGAAGGUUCCGGGGCGUCCCGGCGGGGCCGUCCAUUGUUCCGGGAGGAGGAAGGGUGGGCGUGGCGGGAGGAGCCGCCUCCGGAGGGGACAGUCGCGGCCGAACUGCGGGAGAGGCGGCGGCGAGAUGAGCGGAGACGAGAACCCGGCCAGCAGGCCCACGCCGGUGCAGGACGUGCAGGGCGACGGUCGCUGGAUGUCCCUGCACCAUCGCUUCGUGGCCGACAGCAAAGAUAAGGAACCAGAAGUCGUAUUCAUUGGGGAUUCCUUGGUCCAGCUAAUGCAUCAGUGCGAGAUCUGGCGGGAGCUCUUCUCUCCUCUGCAUGCGCUCAACUUUGGUAUUGGCGGUGACAGCACGCAGCAUGUGUUGUGGCGGCUGGAAAAUGGGGAGUUGGAACACAUCCGGCCCAAGAUUAUAGUGGUCUGGGUGGGUACCAACAACCAUGGACACACGGCAGAGCAAGUGACUGGCGGCAUCACGGCCAUAGUGCACCUGGUGAACCAGCGGCAGCCCCAGGCCCGGGUCGUGGUGCUGGGUCUGCUUCCACGGGGCCAGCACCCCAACCCACUUCGAGAGAAAAACCAGCGAGUGAAUGAGCUAGUUCGGGCCGCACUGUCUGGCCACCCGAGGGCCCACUUCCUGGAUGCUGAUCCGGGCUUCGUGCACUCAGAUGGCACCAUCAGCCACCACGACAUGUACGAUUAUCUGCAUCUGAGCCGCCUGGGUUACACCCCCGUCUGCAGGAGCCUCCACUCAUUGCUGCUGCGACUGCUGGCUCAAGACCAGGGCCAGGGGGCUCCCUUGACAGCGCCCACACCUUGAGUGUCCCUCCAUUAAAGCCUCACUCCUCAGUC